CUUCCUUCCCAGACUGACCUGACCUUGAUCCCCGCCAUGCACAACAGCACGGCCAAAACUCUGCAUGUGGCUGCAAUGUGUAACGAGACUUGGCCCCCGGAGUGGCCAAGCUCUGAGUUCUCCCUGGGUGUGCUGGUGCUGCUGGCUUUCCUCAUGGUGCUGCUGUGUCUGGUGACCAUCCUUGGAAACAUCCUGGUGAUCCUUGCUUUUGUGCUGGACAGAAACCUCAGGCACCGGAGUAACUAUUUCUUUCUGAAUCUUGCUGUUUCUGACUUUGCAGUGGGUACGUUCUGCAUGCCGUUGUACAUCCCUUAUGCCCUGACAGGGACAUGGCACUUGGGAAGAAGCCUGUGCAAGCUCUGGCUGGUCAUGGACUACCUGGUGUGCACAGCUUCAGUGUUUAAUAUUGUCCUUAUCAGCUACGACCGUUUCCUGUCAGUUACAAAAGCUGUAUCUUACAGAGCCCAGCAGGGAAUAACAUCCAGCCCUGCCAUCAAGAUGGUGGCCAUCUGGGUCCUGGCGUUUCUCCUGUACUGCCCAGCCAUCCUGUUUUGGGAGCACGUGGCCGGACGCAGCGUGGUAGCGGCGGAUCAGUGCUACGCCGAGUUCUUUGACAACUGGUACUUCCUCCUGUGCGCAUCCACGCUGGAGUUCUUUGUGCCGCUGCUCUUGGUGACCUACUUCAACAUGCACAUCUUCCACAACAUCCAGAGGCGGCAGCGGCGCGGCAGCCUGCAGGGCUGCGAGCCUCCAAGGAGCAGCAGCCUGUCCUGGAGGUUUUGUGUCUCGCCGAGGCCAGGGGCAUCAUCUCCUUCAUCAGAGGCAGAGGACAGUGUUUCAUCAUUAACGAGGUCGUGGAGACCAGCAGUGGCUAAUGGUCCAUCUCGAACGGAAACCAGAUCUACAGCUCUCAAAAGGAACUUUUCUGCUUCUUUCUGUUCAAGGACUGGAUCAAAGCUGCAACAAGACAAGAAAAUAGCAAAGUCUCUUGUCAUACUUGUCAGUGUAUUUGCCAUUUGCUGGGCCCCAUACUCUUUAUUAAUGAUUAUCCGUGGGAUCUGCCAAGGAAAGUGCAUCCAUAACUCCCUCUAUGAAGCAACCUUCUGGCUUUUGUGGAUCAAUUCCUCUUUGAAUCCAUUUCUUUAUCCUCUCUGUCAUAUGAGGUUUAGAAUGGCUUUUCUGAAGAUAUUAUGUCCAAAAAAAUUUGCAACAUUGAGAUCUAGUAACAAGCCUUCUUUUUAG